AUCACACCCACCACAAUGACCUCAAUCAAGGAAGCCUCGGUACGAAUUAUUAUCUUGAUCUGGCUUCUCCUUCUCCUAAUUAUCAAUUAUAUCUUCAUGGAAUGGUACCCUUCCUUGGCUGGAAGGGUCAAUGCCGCCAGUAUGGCAGGAACUUGGCUCUUAUCUGCUAUCCUAGUGCGAAUUCCAACUACCCGCAGAAUUUGCCUGGAGGAUCCACGUGGCCUUGGCUUCCUACGCUUGGCCUUCUGCUUAUUAUGGGUGAUAAACCCACAGAAUCAUGACGGUGACAAAAUGGAGACACGGUCAGAACACUCAGCCAAAGACCUUCCAAGAAACGUUGUCAUGCACUAUGGUUUUACAUUGGCGCGGGUGCUGGGGUUCAUGCAUAUGAGUGUGCAUUUGAGUUUUGGGGGAAUUUGAUUGAGAAGUGCUGGACCCGUCCGAUCCUGAUGGUU